GAGGUGGCUCGAGUUCUAGUUGAGUCGGAUGAUUGGAUGAGUGUACUGUCUCCAUCAGAUACGCUACCUAUUGGACGUCAUAAUCUUUCGAGAGUCACACCUCUGAGAAAGUUAAUCGAGAAGUUCCCCGACAUCGCAGAGAUUGUGUUUUGUAGAUGCAUUAGUGAUCGCGGAGACAGUCCUAACGACUUUUACUUCUUUCGUGAGUAUAACUUUGCACUGAUUGACGACACGUAUAUGAUGCCUUCCAAGGACGGGACAGAGCUACUGUCAACAGUUAGCCCCUAUAACGAUGACGGAACUCUCAAACAAAAUGCCAAAGCCUACUCGGACGACUACGACGUAGUCUACAAGAACCACCCUCUGAAAAUAAUGGCGCAGUCAGAAAUCCUGCUGUCACAUCCGCUAGUGCAAGCGCUUCUCAAGCACAAAUGGAAUAGUCUUGGCCGUUACGUCUAUUACUUUGCUCUCGGUGUCUAUCUUCUCUUCCUGUGCACCUUCACCAUGUACGUAACUCACACACCACCUCCAUUCAACGUUUACGACGAGACCACCAAAGAAAUGCGGGACCUCACCGAUCUCUUCAAUAGCGAAACCGAAUGCCCAAAUGUGAAUAUCACUCGUCCACCAUGGUUGGCAACGUGCAGGUGGAUCGUGAUCAGCCUAGCCAUAGCACAACUAUUCAAGGAGCUUUUCCAACUGAUAACUCGUCGGUACCGAUACAUCUCCUUCGAGAACGCCCUCGAAUGCUUCAUUUAUUCGUCGGUCAUCAUCUCGCUGAGGGACUUGUCGCCUUGCUCUGAGACUACCGGUAUAAGAAUGAACUGGCAAUGGCUUUUAGCAGCUGCGUGUGCCUUUUCGUCAUGGAUGAACCUCUUACUUCUGAUAAGAAAACUGCCCAGAUUUGGCAUUUAUGUGGUGAUGUUUUUCGACGUUCUGCGAACAUUCUCGAGGUUCUUCAUCGUUUUCGCGUUGUUCGUGAUUGCCUUCAGUAUUGCAUUCUUCGUUAUCAUGCAGAAUCGGACUACAGUGAUGAUGAUCGGUGAGUUUGAGUUCACCGCCAUCUUCCAUGGCGAUGCUGAUGUGCAUCCGGAACGGCUAUUCGGUCACGCCAUUGCCUAUCCUCUGUUUCUCUUCUUCUGUGUCAUCAUGACUAUUCUUCUGAUGAAUCUUCUGGUUGGUUUGGCUGUAGAUGAUAUCAAAUCUGUACUGGAGGAGGCCAAGCUAAAGAGGCUGAGCAUGCAGGUGCGAAUUUUGCAACUCUAUAGGGGAAUGCUGACAAUAUUGUCUCAAAGAGGAGCUUGGAAUAGUUCCCCUUGA